AUGAAACAGACAUCGAUGUUCAUGUAUGAUGGCCCACAGGCCUAUAAUUAUGAGCCUCCACGGCGAGAUCGAGGCGAGGGGGAGAUUAGGGGGCAGAUCAGGGGAAGGAUCAAUGGGCAAAGGAGAGAAGUAGAAGUGUGGUGUCAAGAAAACAACUGGCGAAUCGGGCAAGUGACUUGGAGAAGCAGGAGCAGAAGUGAAACUGAUCAGCUGCUGGAGGAGCAUACUCUCAUUAAAAGGACCAGAGCAAAAACAGAUGAUGAGGUACUGAGGAGAGUUAAAGAGAACCAUAAAGCCAGUCUGAAGGAGAGGUUUGAGAACAUAUCUGAAGGCAUCAUCAAUUCAGGAGCUGAGAUACUCCUCAACAAAACCUACACAGAGCUCUACAUCACAGAGGGAGAGAGUGAAGGGGUGAAUAUCGAACAUGAGGUUUGGCAAGUAGAGUCAGCAUCCAGAUCUCAAACUACAGAAGACACAACAAUCAACUGCAAUGACAUCUUUAAGCCCUUACCUGGACAAGAGAAGUAUGUUAGAACUGUGAUGACCAAAGGUGUUGCUGGCAUUGGAAAAACAGUCUCAGUUCAGAAGUUCAUUCUUGACUGGACUGAUGGGGUUGUGAAUCAGGAUAUAGAUUUCAUAUUUCCCCUUGCUUUCCGUGAGCUAAAUUUGGUCAGGGGUGAUGAGUAUAGUCUUCAUGCGCUGCUGCUUGACUUCCACCCUGAACUGAAGGAGCUGAAUGAGGGUGAGGAAUAUAAAGACUGCCGGGUUGUGUUUAUCUUAGAUGGUUUGGAUGAGAGUCGAUUAUAUAUGGAUUUCCAACAAAAUGUCCAAUUGUCUAAUGUGAAACAAGCAUCAUCAGUGGAUGUGCUAGUGACAAGCCUCAUUCAGGGAACUCAGUUUCCCUCUGCACUCAUUUGGAUAACCUCACGACCAGCAGCAGCCACUCAAAUUCCUGCUCACUACAUUGACCAGGUCACAGAAAUACGAGGAUUUAAUGACCCACAGAAGGAAGAGUACUUCAGGAAGAAAAUCAGUGAUGAGAGUCAGGCCAACAGAAUCAUCUCACACAUUAGGGAAUCCAGGAGUCUCCACAUCAUGUGCCAUAUCCCAGUCUUCUGUUGGAUUGCAGCCACUGUGCUACAACAGAUGCUGGAACAGGACAGCACCCAGGAAAUACCCACAACUCUGACUGAGAUGUUCAUACACUUCUUGGCCAUACAGUCCACCAGGAGGGAUCAAAAGUAUCUAUCCAGAAGCAUCCGAGAAACUCAAAAUCCAUUGAAAUCACAAAAAGAAGUCAUAACAAAGUUGUCUGAACUUGCUUUCAUGCAUCUUGAUAGGGGAAAUGUUAUGUUCUUCGAAGAAGAGGUGAGGGAAUGUGGCAUUGACAUAACUGAUGCUGCAGUAUACUCUGGGCUAUGCACUGAUGUCCUCAAAGAAGAAUCUGUUAUCUUUGGGAAAGUGUACACUUUUGUGCACCUGACCAUCCAGGAGUUUCUUGCCGCCUUAUAUGUGUUUGUAUCUUAUCUCAACAAGAAGGAAGAGGUGCUGAAAUGUUUUCUCAAAGAAAAGUCCAGCAUCUCACCACAAGAUGUAUCACUGGAUGAGCUACUGAAGGGUGCAGUGAACAGAGCCUUAGAGAGCAAGACUGGACACCUUGAUCUGUUUGUGCGAUUUCUCCAUGGCAUCUCUCUGGAGUCCAAUCAACAGCUUUUACGAGGCCUUCUGCCACAUACAGAGAGCAACCCUGAGAGCAUUGAGAGAGCCAUUCGAAAUCUGAAGGAGUUGAAGAGACCAAAUAUCUCCCCAGACCGAUGGAUCAACCUACUCCAUUGCCUGGUGGAAAUGCAUGAUACAUCUGUGCACGAAGAUGUCCUGGCUUUCUUGAAGUCUGAGGAAGGUGCUGUUCAAAUGCUCAAACUUGCCCACUGUUCAGCUUUGGCCAAAAUAUUGCUAAUGACAGACGAGCCUCUGGAUGAGUUAAACUUGAUGGAAUACAAGACAUCCGAUGAGGGUCGGAGAAGACUGAUUCCAGCUGUGCGGCGCUGCAGAAAUGCCCGGCUGGCUGGCUGUAAACUCACAGAUAAGUGUUGUGAGGUGGUGGCCUCGACUCUUGAGUCUUCUCACUCCCACCUGAGGGAGCUGGACCUGAGUCACAACGACCUGCAGAAGUCUGAGGAGAGACUGUUUAGAGGACUCCUGAAUCAACACUGCAAGCUGGAGUCACUGAGGCUGGCUGGCUGUAAACUCACAGAUAAGUGUUGUGAGGUGGUGGCCUCAGCUCUUGAGUCUUCUCACUCCCACCUGAGGGAGCUGGACCUGAGUCACAACGACCUGCAGAAGUCUGAGGAGAGACUGUUCAGAGGGCUCCAGAGUCAACACUGCAAGCUGGAGUCACUGAGACUUGUUGGAUGUAAACUGACAGCAGCCUCCUGUACAACCUUGGCUUCAGUCUUGGAAGCAGCACACCCUCCCUUGAGAGACCUGGACCUGAGUGGAAAUCCCCUGAAAGACUCUGGAGUCCAACAGCUCUCCUCUGGGCUGAGGAGUUCAAACUGCUCUCUGCAGACACUGAGGCUAUCAGCCUGUGACCUCACUGGGAAAGUCUGUGUGUUUCUGGAUUCUGCUCUAAGAGCAAAUCCCUCCUACCUGAGAGAGUUGGACCUGAGCAACAAUCAUGUAGGAGAAGCAGAUCUCAGACUGCUUUUGCAAAGAAAGGAAGAUCCCGAAUCAGCACUUGAGAAACUCACAUAUGCUCCUGAGCUCACCACUUUCCACGUCAACAAUAUCGAGCACCCGCUCAUACAAUCAGUCAUUCAGUCUAAAAUGAGUUCAAGCACAGAAGCGAAGAAAGUUGCUGGUGACGGAGACAGAUCAGUGUCUCCUGUGCCAAGUUGUGUGUCCAUGAAGAGUGACAAAUCGAUGUUGGACCCGCCAAAACUGAGUGAUGAACCUGUGAACUCUGAUCCAAGAAAAAAGACACAUAGACCAGAGUCUCCCAGUGGUGUGUCCUUGAAGAGUGACAAAUCGAUGUUGGACCCGCCAAAACUGAGUGGUGAAUCUGCAAACUUUGAUCGAGAACAACAGAGACUUAGACCAGAGUCACCCAGUGGUGUGUCCAUGAAGAGUGACAGAUCGAUGUUGGACCCACCAAAACUGAGUGGUGAAUCUGCAAAAUGUUAUCAAAAGCACUUGCUGACUGAUCUAGUUUCACAGUCUACCAGCACAUCAUAUGAUAACAACCUGAUGGAUGUUAUAGCAUGCCAUAAGGCCAAUAUGAAGAAGCAAUUUGAAAACAUACGUGAAAGUGUGUCAACUCAAGCAAUCCAAACAUCUCAGGAGACUCUUUACAUGGACCUCUACAUCACAGAGAGAGAGAGUGAGAUGUUGGAUAAGGAACACGAGAUUUGUCAGAUAGAGCCAGACGCACCUAUCAACUGCAAUGAUAUCUUCAAGCCUUUACCUGGACAAGACAGACCAAUUCGAAGUGUGCUCACAAAAGGUGUGGCCUGCAUUGGAAAAACAGUUUUGGUUCAGAAGUUCAUUCUUGACUGGGCAGAGGGAAGAGCCAAUCAAGACAUAGACUUUGUGUUUGUUCUGCCUUUCCGAUUGCUGAAUAGGAUCAAAGACUCUCGGCACAGUCUCCAUGAACUUCUGCGCUACUUCUUCCCUGAGCUACGAAAGUUGACAGACAGUUUUAAAUACAAAGACUGUCAGAUUUUGUUCAUCUGUUUUGCUUUGGAUGAGAGCAGUCUCCCUUUGAAUUUCGAGCAAAACCAGAAACUGUCAGAUGUAUCAGAAGAAGCUGUUGUGGACACGCUUGUAACAAGUCUCAUCCAGGGCUCUCUUUGUUCAUCGGCCCGCAUCUGGAUAACAUCCAGACCAGUUGCAAGCAAUCAAAUUCCUCAGAAGUUCAUUAGCAAAGUCACAACAGUUAGAGGCUUCACUGACUCACAGAAGGAAGAGUACAUCAGGAAGAGAAUUGAUGAUGAGGGUCAAGCCAACAGAAUCCUCUCCAACAUCAAGUCAUCUAGAAGCCUCCACAACAUGUGUCGCUUGCCUAUUUUUUGUUUGAUUGCAGCCACUGUACUUCAGCAGAUGUUGGGACAGGACAACACCCAGGGAAUACCCACAACUCUGACUGAGAUGUUCAUACGCUUCCUGCUCAUCCAGAUAGCCCGAAUGAUUCAGAAGUAUCGAAAAGGCAGCAGCCAAGAAUCGCAAAAAGAAGUCAUUAUGAAGUUGUCUGAACUUGCCUUCAAACAUCUAAUGAGGGGAAACUUUAUGUUUUCAGAGGGAGAAGUAAGAGAAUGUGGCCUUGAUGUAACUGAUGCCAUGGUGCAAUCUGGACUCUGCACUGAUGCUCUCAGUGGAGAAUCGAUCUUGUUUGGGAAAUUGUACACUUUUGUUCAUGUGACCAUACAGGAGUUUCUUGCUGCCUUAUACGUGUUUGUAUGUUAUGCCAAUAAGAAUGAGGAACCACUUCAACCUCUUCUCAAAGGGAAGUUCAAGAUCUCUCCAAAACAUACAUCACUGGAUGAGCUAUUGAAGAGUGCAGUGAACAGGGCUUUGGAGAGCAAAAGUGGGCAUCUUGAUCUGUUUGUGCGCUUUCUCCACGGCAUCUCUCUGGAGUCCAAUCAAAAGCUCUUACAAGGCCUUCUGACGCACACAGAGAGCAACCCUGAAAGUGUCAAGAAAGCAAUUCGAAAUCUGAAGGAAUUUAAGAGACCAAACAUCUCCCCAGACCGAUGGAUCAACCUACUCAACUGCCUGGUGGAACUGCAUGAUUCAUCACUUCAUGAAGAUGUCCAGGCUUAUUUGAAGUCAGAGGAGGGUGCUGUGAAAAAGCUCAAACUUGCUCACUACUCUGCCUUGGCCAACGUGUUUCUGAUUUUAGGAGAGCCCAUGGAAGAGUUGGAUUUAAAGAAAUACAAGACGUCUCUUGAGGGUCGGAGAAGACUGAUUCCAGCUGUGCGGUCCUGCAAAAAGGCUCUGCUGGCUGGCUGUAAACUCACAGAUAAGUGUUGUGAGGUGGUGGCCUCGGCUCUUGAGUCUUCUCACUCCCACCUGAGGGAGCUGGACCUGAGUCACAACGACCUGCAGAAGUCUGAGGAGAGACUGUUCAAAGGGCUUCAGAGUCAACACUGCAAGCUGGAGUCACUGAGACUUGUCCACUGCAAACUCUUAGGAAAAUCCUGUAAAAUUCUGGCCUCAGCUUUGCAGCCAACCUCAGCCUUGACAAAGCUGGACUUGAGCGACAACAACCUGCAGGAUUCAGUGAUGCCUGUGUUCAGCGCCAUCAUGAAUCCACAUUCUAAACUAGAGAGUUUAAGCCUUGCAGGAUGUAAACUGACAGUAGCUUCCUGUAAAGCCUUGGCUUUAGUCCUGCAAGCAGCACACUCCCCCCUGAGAGAGCUGGAUCUGAGUAGAAAUCCCCUGAAAGACUCUGGAGUUGAACACCUCACCUCUGGGCUGAAGAGUCAGAACUGCUCUCUGCAGACACUGAGGUUAUCAGGCUGUGACCUCACUGGGAAAGGCUGUAAGUUUCUGGCUUCUGCUCUGAGUGCAAACCCCUCCUACCUCAGAGAGCUGGACCUGAGCAGCAAUCACAUAGGAGAAACAGAGCUGACACUGCUCUUGGAAAGAAAGGAAGAUCCCAAUUCAGCGCUGGAGAUACUCAAAUGCUCCUGAGCUCACCACUUUCCACGUCAACAAUAUUGAGCACAUCACCUGCGGUGCUAAGGUUUGAAUGGACUUGUCUGAAUUCACACUGAAGAAUUUGUCGAGGUUGAUAUGUGUAAUACAGAUUUUUGUCUCAGUUCUUACACUGUAACAUCCUCUGUGAUGCCCUGCUUGAGCUGACCAGCCACCGUGUACAACUAUGUACAAAUUUAUCUCUAUUUAUUUUUAUAUGUUUAAUGUUGCAUUCUAGACAUUCUUGGUGAAUUUUAUGAUUUUUGUUCAACAUUACUUAUGCAUGUGGCUUUAUACAGUAUGUAACACUGUUUCAAAUGAUUUCACUUUGUCCUUAAAUAUUUUACAUCAUUUGCUAUUCAUAAUCUAUAAUGUAUGUAGGCUAUACUAUCGUUAACCUGUUUAAUGCCUUAUAUAUUUCAUAUUACCUUAAUAUCUUCCCUGUUACAGUAUGUAGCCCAUGCUAUUCUGAAAAAAAAAAAAAAAAAAAACUCUUUAAUGACGACUUUGUCAUUUUUUACAGCUGUAUCGCGAUCUCUGAGAGUAUUGCUUUGUUGUUAUAAUUCUUUCUAAAUCUACUUAUGGUGGCAUUUGAAAGAUGUUGUAAGUUCAGUAUUUUUGUCCUCUGUAUAUUUAGAAACAACAAAGCAAUACUGUCAUCUACAGGCUACAGGCAAACAUAGCAGCAAGAGCAGAGCAUCACUAUAAGCUAUUGAUUAAAAAAAAAAAAAAAACUUUCUGAAUACCUUGUACAUACAUGUAGUCAAAGAAAUAAAAGUAAACAAAGUUCAUUCCCA